UUCAAGUUUUUAAUAGUGUUGCUCUCGCAAAAAAGUUAUAAUUUUUUUUCUCAUACCAAAUGAAAAAUAAAUUAUUUAUUUUAUAACGAACUUAUUUUUGAUAUGUUCAAAACCAUUUCCCGUGCAAGCAGCUUUCUUCUAAGUAGAAAUUCUCGAUUAUUUGGAAGAAGUAACGAAAGAAAUAUUCAAGUAAACUCCAAUACAAAUUAUUGUCCACAUUUAACUUUUCUAUCAAGAUCUGGAAUGGCUACAAGUUCAGCGUCAUCGGCAGGAACAUCUUCAGGUGAACCAAAAUUUACUAAUCGCUUGGCACAAGAAAAAUCUCCAUACCUUUUGCAACACGCUCAUAAUCCAGUUGACUGGUAUCCAUGGGGUGAUGAAGCAAUACAAAAGGCUCGUGAUGAAAAUAAAUUGAUAUUUCUUUCUGUUGGUUAUUCGACUUGUCAUUGGUGCCAUGUGAUGGAACAUGAGUCUUUUGAAAAUGAAGAAGUGGCGAAAAUAAUGAAUGACAAUUUUAUUAAUAUAAAAGUUGACCGUGAAGAAAGGCCUGAUAUUGAUAAAAUUUAUAUGAAUUUUGUCCUUAUGAUCAAUGGUAGUGGGGGUUGGCCAAUGUCAGUAUGGUUAACACCAGACCUUGCUCCAAUAUCUGCUGGAACUUAUUUUCCUCCAAAAGACAGAUGGGGUAUGCCAGGGUUUUCAACUGUCUUAAGAACUAUUGCGGAAAAAUGGAAAAAAAAUCAAACUGAACUUAAAGAAACUGGGUCAAAAAUAAUUAAAGUUAUAGAAAAGAACUUAACCGAAAAGCCGGCAGAAGCGCUUGAUCCUGAGUCUGCCGAAGCUAAACUAGACUUGGCCAUAAGAAUUUAUAAAAGAAAUUAUGAUGAAGAGUAUGGUGGUUUGGGUAAUCAUCCAAAAUUUCCUGAGGUUUCUCGUCUGAAUUUACUUUUUCAUGCAUAUACAAUUAAAAAAGAUCCUGAAAUAUUACAAAUUGCACUAAAUACUUUGGAAAAAAUUGCAAAUGGUGGCAUACAUGAUCAUGUUUUUGGUGGUUUUGCAAGAUAUUCUGUAGAUAGAAAAUGGCAUGUUCCACACUUUGAAAAAAUGUUGUAUGAUCAAGGCCAGUUAAUGUCAGCUUAUGCGAAUGCAUAUAAAAUAACACGUAACGACUUUUAUUUAGAGACAGCGCACAAUAUAUUUGAAUAUUUAAUGAAGGAUUUGUACCAUCCUUAUGGAGCUUUUUAUUCUGGUGAAGAUGCAGAUUCUUUACCAACAGCAGACGACAAACUCAAAGUAGAAGGAGCGUUUUAUGCAUGGACAUGGGAUGAAGUUCGUGAAGCUAUAGAAAAUAAUGCGGGCAAAUUUGAAAUUGACGCAAAAAAAGCGUUCGAAAUUUAUUGUUAUCAUUAUGAUAUUAAUGAAACAGGAAAUGUAGAGCCCGCAAGCGAUCCUCAUGGCCAUUUGACUGCAAAAAAUAUUUUGAUUGUAAGAAAUUCAAUUAAUGAUACUGCUAAAAAAUUUAAUAUUGAAAUUCCUAAAUUGAAACACACACUUUCUGUUGCAAAUGAUAUACUACAUAAAAUUCGUGACAAAAGACCACGUCCACAUUUGGAUACUAAAAUUAUUACUUCUUGGAACGGAUUGGUUUUAUCUGGGCUUUCCAAAUUAGCAAAUUGUUUCAGUGGAAAAAGAUCAGAAUAUUUGAGUGCAGCUGAAAAACUAGUUGAUUUCAUAAGGAAUUUUUCGUUCGACAAAGAGAAACAAAUUUUGCUAAGAUCAUGUUAUGGAAAGGGAGUUGGUGACAAUUCUACAGAAAUUCUAUCAGAACCAAUUGCAGGAUUUUUAGAUGAUUAUGCGUUUUUAAUACGAGGUCUCCUAGAUUAUUUCCAAGCUUCUAUGGAUCCUAAUGCUCUACUGUGGGCAAAAGAAUUGCAAGACAUACAAGACAGUUUGUUCUGGGACACUGUGAAUGGUGGCUAUUAUUAUUCUCAAGAAAAUUCUCCAAACGUUAUCGUAAGACUUAAGGAAGAUCACGAUGGUGCUGAACCUUGUGGCAAUAGUAUAGCUGCACGUAAUCUCCUUUUACUUUCUGUUUAUUAUGAUGAACCAAAAUAUAAAGAUCAAGCUAAAAAAUUACUAAAUUUCUUCAGUGACGUUAAUCCAUUUGGUUAUGUUUUACCAGAAAUGAUGUCGGCACUGCUGUUACUUGAUCAAGGGUUUAAUCUCUCUGCCGUAGUUGGUCCAUCUUCUGAGGUUACAGAACGUUUCAUAAACAUUUUACGAAAAUACUAUGUUCCAGGUUUAAUAAUGGUUCACUUUGACCCAGAAAAAGAAUCUUUUAUUAGACAAAAUUCUCGGGAAAAAUUCAAAAUGAUUAAAAACACAACAACUGUUUAUAUUUGUCACAAUAAAGUCUGUCAAUUACCAAUGACAUGCCCAGUGAAAUUAGAGGAAAAUUUUAAUUUGAAUUAUUUGGCGAAAUAAGUAAAUUUGCAAUGUCUGAAAUUUGGGUGUAUCUUAUUUUUUUUCUGUAAUUCUGAUAUUUAUUAAGUACCUGGUAUUUUUCCUUCAUGGAAGUUUUAUCCAAUGAUGUUACCGAAUUCAUUUAUUAAAAAAAAAAUAAGAGAUGAAGCCUAAAGAAUCGUAACUGUAAUAUUUAGGCAAUUCGAACUUUUAGAGUUAUUAAUGUAUUUUUUCUUUCAUUUAAAUUUUAUUAUUUUUUUCCUUUUGCGUUAAAAAUAAAAUGUUUUCAUAUUUACUAAAGACUUCUAAAGUUCAAAGCUAUUUUAUUUUUGGAUAUUAUACUCAUACUUCUUACUUUUUAAUGGAUUCCUUUGAAAUAGGAAGUAAUUUGUAUAUUUUUAUGCUAUAAGGAAAAUAAAUAAAAACCGACAUU